GAUAGCAUGUAUUUUGUAGCUGACAAGGAAUGACAAGAGAGAUGGGCUCCCUUCCUGAACCUGUAAAAGCUUUUAACGAUGAGCUUGCGGAGAUGCUCACUCAGAAGCCGCCAGUCUCGAGCAGCAAGAUGAAAGACAUCACUCGGAAUGCUAUGAAAGCUCAAAAGUACUACAAGCACAUAGUGAUGUCAGUAGAAAAACUUGUUCAGAAGUGUAAGCCGGAGUACAAGUUGUCCGGGAUUUACGUGAUAGAUGCGAUAGUCCGGCAGUCCCGCCACCAGAACAAGGAGAAGGACGUGUACGCGGGCCGGUUUGAGUCUAACCUUCACAUCACCGCCACACAUCUCUUCAAAUGCUCCCGCACCGACCAGGUCAAGAUCUGCAGAACAUUUAAACUGUGGGAGCUUAACAAAGUCUUUUCGUAUCAUUCCAUCCAGAAAUGUUUAAAUAACGCAAAUCCUGAAGCUAGGAAAGAAGGAGUAGGUUUAGCAGAGAAAUCAAUAGCGAAGAUGGCUAUAAAGCCUGUAGCUACACCAGACAUAGUUAAACAACAAAAAGAACUUGAAGAACAGAGACGCAAAAUAAAGGAGCAGCAAGAGGAGUUGAAGCGGAAGCAAGAGGCUUUGUUAAAACAGAAUUCGUCGUCAAUACCGCCGAUUUUAGGGAAACUACUUCAUUUUGGACAACCCAAAGAAAACGCCGUCCCAGAUGACAACGUCCGCGCUAGUGAGACAGCUAACAAAGUGAAGUCGUUGUUAGACGAUUUCGAUUAUAGUGAUGAGGACGAUAUAAAACAACCAGGAAAGAAGGGAACGCCUAAAAGCAAAUCUACUCCUCCUCCUUCUAUCCCUACACCUAAGAAGACAGAGAACCUCUCGACCCCCUCUCCAGUGACCACAACUCACGAUACCAGUUUAUACCAACCUGAUCCUCCUCCCAAGGAGCUUUCAGCUUCUAAACCAGUCGACAAAUAUGACACCAGAAAUUUAGAGAAACUCUACACACCCUCCCCCAUCGAUAAACCUGGAAAAAGGUCGAAACACAAGUCACCGGAAAGAAACAAGAAGUCCCACAAAUCAGAGAAGCGAGAUUCACACUCAGAACGGCCCCGAGACAGGUCGCAAGACAAAUCGCGCGAUAAGUCUCGAGAAAGAUCACGGGAACGAUCUCGAGACAAAUCAUCUCGAAGGAGAAGCUCUCCAGAGGCUCGGAGAAGUAGCAAAUCCGGGGGCAGAUCCGGUAAGAGAUCCAGAUCAACCAGUCCGGGCCACUACUCCCGGAAAAGGGACAGAAACUCGAAGCCCGACUGCGUAUCGGUGCUGAGUACGACCAUUUGGAUUGGAAACCUGAGAAAAACGGUCACAAAAUCAGAUAUUUCGUCAUUAAUGAAGAAAUACACUGAGUCCUGCAGUAUUGAUAUGGUGCCGCCACGAGGAUGCUCCUACAUAAAUGUUAAUGAUAGAGAUGUCGCAGAAAAUGUCCUGAAGGAGCUUUUGAAGGAAAACCUGAAAUUGCACGGAGCACUUUGUAAAGUAGCGUGGGCACCUGGUAAGGGUUGCAAGGAGUUCAAAGAACACUGGAACAUUGAAAAGGGAGUGACGUUCAUUCCCCACAAAAACUUUGAAAAGUUGAAAAUAAGUGAGCUGGAGGAUGGGGGUGUGAUCGAGGAGACUACACUACCACAGGGCUUCAAACUUCAAGAUGCGAAGGAGGAAGAAGAACGCCAAGCUAAAAGAAAACAACAUGCUCCGCUGAUGUCCCUCAGUAUACCACCUAGCAUGGCCGUUUUCUCUAUGAAUCCCAACAUCAAAAUUCCAACCGAGAUCGAGAGUAACUCAGACGAGGAGAUGAUGGAUGUUUUCCCGCCCAUCCCCAUUUUGCCUGUUCCCACCGUUCCAGAUUCAGCUCCUGACGGGUCUGUUCCUUUCCCAAUGCCUGGCAUGACACCACUUGCUCCCCACGGAGUACCUGGCUGGAUGCCGCCACGUCCUGCUCCUCCUGGACAGUUCCAAGGCAUGGCUCCUCCCUUCUCUUUACCUCCUCCUCCUCACCAUAUUCCUCUUCCGAACAUGGCCAAUAUGCUCCCUCCUUCUAACAUGCCCAACUUGAACCAGAUUCCUUUGCCUUCUCCACAGAUGCCUGUCCUGCCCGGUCCGAUGCCUCUGCCAGGUCCCAGGUUCGGUGCACCUACUUUAGGACCUGCACAGCCGGUCCCUGUUUCCGAACCUACUCCGCUGUUCAGGUUCAGGAGAUCUCCCUCUCCUCCUAGUCCUAGAACAUUAGCUCGAAACAUGAUGGACUCCGAUAACGAGUCGGACUCUGAACCGAACAGGAGUAAGAGGAAUGAAAUGUACCCUGGAGGUCUACCUCCAUUCCGUAAAUCCAGCUCUCCUAAGAAUAACAUUUAUCUGACUGGAGGGAUCAGCUCCAGCCCUUCGUCGAUGGAGUCUGCCAGUAACGCUCGAAUUCAUGCGGGGAGUCUACCUCCUUUUAAUAGCAGUGUGCCGAUCUCCAGAACUGUUCCUUCACCUUCUAAAGCAAGGCCUGGAGAGCCCACAUUUGUCAAUCAGAUGCGGGCAACUUCUCCACGACGUCCUCAACCAUCUUCUCCGGGGAUUCCAAGGUUUAAUAAUCAAAACCAGUACUCUCCUAGUGAUCCAAGUCCUGGAGAGCCGACAUUUGUCAACUCUAUGCGAUCAGCUUCGCCACAACAUACCCAACCAUCCUCUCCAGGGAUCCCCAUGUUUAAUAAUCAAAACCAGUACUCUCCAAUCGACCCAAGAUCUGGAGAGCCUAGAUAUGUCAACUCUAUGCGAUCAGUUCCACCUCGACAUGCCCAACCAUCUUCUCCUGGGAUUCCGAGGUUCAACAACCAAAAUCAGUAUUCUCUAAGCGAUCCAAAACCUUUAUUUUUGGAUGAAGAAAACGGUGAAAGACCUGUCCGUCCUCGGCCUCCUGGAGACCCACAAAAUUUCCCUGGUCCCGAUUCUGACAGAAACAGUUCUUCAAUCCGCCCUUCCCUAGAAGAAAUGAGGGGCCCUGUACAGCAUCGUCCGAAUUUUGCAGCACUAGAGAACAUGGCACGCUUUGAGAACAUGGCUUUUAGCUCUGACCAUGCCAACUCAGGACCACGCUUUAGCUCUGACCAUGCCAACUCGGGGCCACGUCCCGGGACCUAUCGGGGAGGGGCCCCGCGCGCACAAUUCGGACGUCCUCCGCCCCCACAAUUUGGCGGUAUGCGAGGUCCUGCUCCUAGAGGUAAUGGUCCGGCACGUCCUCGUUUCAACGGUCCACCUGGUCCCCGCCCCAUGGGACAGAGAGGUCCUUUUAGAAUGACAUUUAGACCCCGCGGAAACAAUAGGCCUCCUUUCGGACACUAGCUAUUAUUAGCAUAGUAUAUGCUCUGUUGAGAUUUAUAUGCAAUGACAGUGUUUGAUUAGAUCCAGCCCAACGAAUUUCUUUACGAAUUCGUCUUUGAUCCUUUUUGUGGCAUAUUUUGAUCAUCUUAUAUAUAAAGAUAUCAUGGUUUGAGAGUUGAAUAAGCUAUACAUAUGUAAGUCUGGUCUUGAAAAUGCUGAAAUUUCUAAGUAUAGCCUUAAGGGGUGUUUAUUGACUUUCGUGUGAACUAUUUCAUAGUUUUGAGAAUAAUUUUGUAACGAUCUGUUAUUAUUAUUAUUUCUAUGCAAAUGUGAUAUAUUGCUACAUGUUAUUGUUACAAUUAUUCAAAUCAGUUUAACUUAUGAUAUUGAAUCAGGACUUUUUGUUGUUUUCCAUAUUUUUCGAUAAAUAUCACACAAAAAAACUAGAUGGAAAUACGCAGACCAAAAUGUAUUGUACGCUAGACAAAAAAAUUCUUGACCAUAAAUUUCAGAAUCAGAAGGUGCGGGGACAAUCCUGGAGAAGCUGCUGGUAUCGAUGAAGGAGACUACUCGUGACAACCCAUCAAAAGAUACGCCCUUGGGGCAGUUUUUGAGUAACGGGCAAGAGAACGCCUACAUCACGAAACAAGAGGAGCAAGUCAGCGCUAAACUCGACAAACUUAACGACAUAGCAAUACCGCGAUCAGUCAGUCAGGAAAGUCUUAGCGUAAAACGGGACGACGACAGUAUAGUCCACCUUCUCAACUCCAAGGACUAUGCGCUACCUAUGCCGGAGAACAAUGAGGAGGGUGAGGAUUACUAUUACCCAGGCAUGUCACCGCCAGUUACACUAUCCAUCCCUAAAGACAUACCCCAGGAGACGCCGCAGGUAACUAGUCCUGUUGCUGAGGAACCCCUCCCUUACAGUCGUGCAGUUGAGGAACCUGAGGAGAGCUCUCAAUCUGAAGCUACUCUAGCGGAGUCACCUAUGAAGUUGGAGAAGAAGGCUAUUAAUCUCCAGACCUAUCUGAAGAGAAAGAAGGACGACGACCCUAUAGAGCCAACAAAGGAGGAGAGUCCUGCUCAUGAGGAGGAGAAUCUGCCGCCUACUCCAGUGAAAACUCCGAAACACGCUGAAGUUGACGACGACUUGUUAGAAUGGGCUAGUCAGGAUGCUGAGGAAGUUGUUACCAAGGCUGCAACAUCCGUGCUAAACAAGGCUGCGACGCCUGAGGUUAACAGGGCUGCAACUCCGGAGCUGGACAAGACUUUGGAGAGUGAACCUGGUGAGGAGAACAAAACAAUAAAAACGCCGGAGAGAAUGGAGACGUCUCAGGAAGACGGGGAGUCUCAAAAGGAAAUUGAAGCCAAGUUGGCAGAAAUAAGGUCACCCUCCGGCUCUCCUAUAGAUAGUCUGUUGGAGGAGAAACUGGCGUCACCAACUGCUGCAGCCACAUCUAUUGAGGAGAGCAAGGAGGAAGGAGAGUUAGAGUCCGAGCAGGAGAAACCCGGACUUGUUCGAUUAGAAAGUUUAGGUUCCGAGAAGGGGAGUCGGAGUAGAUCACUAUCUCAUAGCAGCAAAGCGAAGAAAGAUAAGAAAAAGAAAAACAAGAAGAAGAAGAAGAAAGAUAAAGUUCAUGAUAGCGAUCUUGAGGAAGAUAUUCGGAAGUUAGAGUUACUUAAGGCAGAGUUAGAGCG